UCUGGGAAGGUUCAUGGGUACAGCUGUCCUUUAAUUGGCCAGUCGAAUAUAUAACGGUAACCACUCGUCCCCAGUGCUCCCUGCAGUGGCUUAGGUAUACCUCCGAUCGUUAUCAUUACCACGCUGGCGGCGAUAUUAUGUAGACCUGCCCUUUAUAAGAAGUUGUCAUUUAGCUGCUUCAUUCUGGAAGCAAUGGGUAGAGAUAAUGCAAGGACCCUUCUGUACAAUCGCUGCAACUCAGCUGUGAAAAGCCCGCGCCCUGCUGUCGGAGCAGUCCAGAAAUUAUUCUACUGAGUGGUCUUGUUUUCCGUGGGAUGCUUGUUGUUCACAGCUGGUCGGAAUUCUCGGGGUAUGCGGAAGAGGAAGAAUAUGGGCGCAAACCAUUCCCAUAAAACACCAGUCUUCGACGAAAACGAAGAUGUUAAUUUUGACCAUUUUCAGAUCCUUCGAGCAAUUGGGAAAGGAAGCUUUGGAAAGGUAUGCAUUGUCCAGAAGAGAGAUACAAAGAAAAUGUACGCUAUGAAAUACAUGAACAAACAAAAGUGCAUUGAGCGAGAUGAAGUUCGCAAUGUUUUCAGAGAAUUGCAGAUAAUGCAGAGACUUGAACACCCUUUCCUUGUGAACCUGUGGUACUCAUUUCAAGAUGAGGAAGAUAUGUUUAUGGUGGUAGAUCUGCUGCUGGGUGGAGAUUUACGAUAUCAUUUACAGCAAAAUGUGCACUUCAAGGAAGAAGCAGUGAAGCUGUAUGUGUGUGAACUGGCAUUAGCUCUGGAUUACCUACAAAGCUACCACAUCAUCCACAGGGAUAUCAAACCUGACAACAUUCUUCUUGAUGAACAUGGGCAUGUUCACAUCACUGAUUUCAACAUAGCAACAGUGGUGAAGGAUUCUGAGAAAGCCACAUCAAUGGCUGGGACAAAGCCUUACAUGGCUCCUGAACUUUUUCAGUCUUUUCUGGAAGGAGGCCCUGGCUACUCGUAUCCUGUGGACUGGUGGUCCUUGGGAAUAACAUCUUAUGAACUGUUGCGGGGCUGGAGACCAUACGAGAUUCACUCCAACACUCCAGUGGAAGAAAUAUUCCACAUGAUCACCAGAGAGAAAAUCCACUGCUCCUCCUCAUGGUCUAAAGGACUGGUGGCAUUAGUAAAAAAGCUUCUCAUGAAAGAGCCUGAGUAUCGCCUGUCAAGUCUCAAGGACAUUCAGAAUUCUCCAUACUUGGCUGAUGUGAAUUGGGAUGCUGUUCUGGAGAAGAAUCUCACUCCUGGUUUUAUUCCUAAUAAAAGAAGGUUGAAUUGCGAUCCAACCUUUGAACUAGAAGAAAUGAUACUGGAGUCCAAACCUCUUCACAAGAAAAAGAAAAGACUGGCUAAGAAUAAAUCUAAGGAUGUCAGUAAAGAAUCUUCCCCACUGAAUGGACAUCUUCAACAGUGCCUGGAAACAGUCCACAAUGAUUUCAUCAUAUUCAACAGGGAGAAAUUACGAAAAUCACAGGCAGAAGUUGAGCAGCCAUCCAGCAAAGAAAAUGGAAUUUGCAGUCAGACACAUGAAAAGACAGAAGAUGGUCACAACAAUAAUAUGCCUGGAUCUGUCUGCACAAGUACUCCAAGCUAGUCUACCAGAGUUAGUUUGAGCUUGCCACGAACCCUAAAGACUAUGUGUAUUAUGGUGUGCAUUAUUUUUGUGCAUGCCUUGUGGGUUAAAUAUCUUUCUCUGCAUGGGAAAGCAGCUUGGAUGAAACAGUCUAAAAGAUUGAAGUUAAUUUUCUACCCUCGUGAUAGACUAGAAAGAAUGAAAGUAUCAGUAGGACAACAGCCUUAUUUAGAACCGUAAUAACAUCGAUAUAUCUUUAAGCUGGCCUGAAGUCAAUUUAUCAUAUUCAUUCUUCUAAAGCUUGUAAGAUCUUUCAGGCAUUCCACCUAAGCCUUUGAGAAUAGCAAAAUUUUAUGGCUUCACGUUGACUUUAAAGUAUGCAUAGCAUUGAACUAUGACCACGGAAAGUUCCAGUGUGCAUCUUCCCGGAUAUUUUAACUAUUUUAUGUCUUUGGCCUGAUGGAAAUAUUUUUAGACACUUGGAUUAAAUACACAUACAGUUACAAAGUAAUUCAAUGUUUCAAUGGGAAUCUUCUUUUUGUGUGAUCAUAACAUGCUGUGUUAAUAAAAUGUUGAACAUCGAGCUAAUAUUGACCAAGUACCAUAUUCUGUGGUUCGUGAAAGAACAUGCACUUUUAGAGGACUGCUGGUAAUAAUUACUACAAGAGUAUGUUCCGUUGUAAUGUAAAUUUCAUUAUCAGUAUUAAUGUCCUAGUUAUUAUUUAGUGUUUCUGUUUUUAAAUUAAUUAACAACACUCAACUACCAUUUUCAAUAGUUUGCUUUUGUACAAAUUGAGAAGACAGUAAGUACAAUGGUAAUGUUGGGAUUGUUGACAAUAAUUCACAUUGGAUAUUGACUAUUCUUUGUCAUUUAACAAACCUGUUGUCAGAAAGCAUCAUCAAUAAGAAGAAUAGCAUUUAUACUGUAAAUGAAUAAAUCAAGUUAAUGCCAAGGUAAUUUAUUGCUCAGUUCUUUUUGCUCCCUUUGCUAUUACUUUGAUGCUUAUAACUGUCAAAUGGAAGGUUUGCUGUGCCCACUCUAUCUCCUGAAGUUCACCUUGAUUUUUGCCAUUCAUUCAGGAAGAGAUACUACCUGGCACAGGGUGCUGUCAAAGCUCAAUACAUUAUAGAUGCAACAUGAAAGAUUUAUAUAAGAUGUAAGUCUGAAUAGUGCAAAGAUCCUGCAUAUUAGUACUGCUAGCAUAUUGCAUGAA